UACUCGAGUGUGUCAAGCAUGUGGGAACAAAAUUAGUGAAGGGAUUUUCUAAACUCCCUUACGAUGAGCGCUAAAAAAGCGCCUGGAGCUUUUCCCUUUGUCGUAUCGUAGGACGUGAGGUGAACUUAUGCUGGCAUUUCGCAUCUUUAAUUAUGAUUUGUGUGUUAAUUUUUCUUAUCUCUUUGCUCCCUCCAGAACUAUUGUUCUUCGAGGUCAUAGCAAGAAGGUUCACAAAGAGCGAUUUAUAAACUUGAAGUGUGGUCCCGUAUUUCUCAUCGAAUAGUCAAUGACUGUGAAGAUACUGCAGGUGUUUGGAGUUUGGCAAUGUUUUAACCAGUGACACCUUCCACUAUGAAUUGUACCCACCAAGUGAAAUCAAAAGACAGAAGCGAGGAGGUCCGAAGAUAUAUUUGAUAGGCUAUCAAUAUAUCGACGAUCGAGCGAUCUAGACUGGUUAGCGGUUGCAGGGGAUGGUGAGUAUGGCGCCCCCACUCGUGAUCUCGUGCGGAUGCAUGAACGAGCUCUUUCAGCUAGGUGAGUUCAUUGAAAAUAAUGUGGUCAGCAUCCAAUAUCGAAGACCUACAGAGCUAUUUAUUUUGAGGAUUUAUUUACCGCUACAACUGGAACGCCUGACUCGAACAAGUGGAAUCAUCCACAUUAGUGAAUAUUUUUAAGGAGAAGCUAGAUAUUAACUGGAAGGCAACCUGUCAGAGUGAACACAGGUUCACUAAUAUGCUAUCCUUAUUAGUGAAGAGUGAAGACUGAUUUGUUUUGAUAACCCAAUUUUUGUUUGGCGCUUACCAUAUAGGUUGAAUACAUGUGAGGUGAGGUAGCAUCGUAGUGUCGCUUCACUUUUUAUAUAUUUUAUCGAUUAACAAAAUUUUAAAAGCAGAUUAUGGAGGAAAUGCCUUUUUUGUAGUUUUUGCAUGCUAAUAACUAUACACAUUGUGGUGAGUCGAUAUGGUACUACAGGGACCAGUAGGGUACUUCACGUAUAGGUAAAGAACUUCUAUAGAAGUUCAAAAAAACUAUAGUUGGAAAUAAUAAGUGGUCAUAGCCUUCUCAUAGCUUUAGAAAGGCGAAUUAUUGAUGCUUUCGAUACACUAAGUGAUUUCCAUCGUGUAUUGUCCAACCAGUUCAAACAACAUAGAAGUACUCAUCGGUGUUUCAUGGGUAGCACUAGAAAUCACGUUGGAACGAGUCAUCUAUUGGUAGCGUCUUGCCAGAAUGCACCUAGCCACGUACUAGCCGUGGACUUUACCUGGUGCGCUUUUUAUAACAUUCACAACAUACCUUCGAUCCAAUUUUGGGGAAGGCGCUAUUGAAAAUUCUAUUAAUAGAGUGUGUCAGAUGCUAGCAUCUAAUAUCGCUGCGUUAACUUGCAAAGUGUUUAUAAUCCACAGUGUGCUGGAUUUCGCGUGUUCUGUGUCAGGAAAUCCCGAUAAAGACUAAAGUUCACUUGUUUUUUCCCAUUUUGAAUCACUUGUGUAGUAAAGAUGUCCAUCUUCUUAUCUCUGGCAAAAUAUGUUGCGAAAUGACUCAUGAUAAUCCAUUACUUUUAGUUCCAGUCCGUGUCUAGUGGAGGCAAUUAUCCACUUCAGACAAUGAACGCAGAGUUGCGCAAGAUCAUGGGUCGGUUGAAGUUAGACAUUAGCACCAUUUGAUGUCGGCUUAGUGGUCUAGAGGUUAACCAUUCGCGCGAGAAUCCAAAAGUCAUGGGUUCGGGUCCUGCGUACAGGAUCGUGGAUGGACGCUGCCGAAAAGUCCCAUACUGGGACGAAGUGACCAUCUAGUGCUUCCAGGUUUUCAGUGGUGGUCUAGCUUAGAUCGACUCAUAAAUUCAGUCAAUGAAGUCUCAUUUUCGCCCCUCGAAUUAUACUCUUUUGGUCUCCUUUCAACUGCUAAUGGUCUAGUGUUUUGAAUGAACCAAGCUACAUUGUCCCUCGAGGUCUUACUGUGCCAAACCAUCUCAAGUAUAAAGUAUGUCGUGAGGCAUGAAUAUCACUCCUCUGGCUUUCAGGCCUUAAAAAACCGUUAUAUUGUUUGACUAGCAUCAAGCAAUCCAGUCUUGCUAAAUACAGAGCAGGUUCUACAGGUCGAAUCCCACCACCUCGCUUUUAGAAUUUUACGGUAAGCUUCAAAGAUAAGUUUGCUACUUUGCGUGAAUACCUCCAGACUGUCCCGCGCCGGCCUUUGCAGUUCCUCUGAAAAGUCGACUCAACCCCUAAUAAUCGACUGACACCUAGUGUUAAUUAUUUUUACAGUCAGCAACAUUCGAAUACACUCCGUAGCCCAUCUAAAACAGAGCAGCGGUCGCAUUUUGUCCUAAAUUACUUUAGUACGCCCAAAGUCGUUCAUAGUAUGUUGUUAAUCGUUAUUAGUGACAUUGUUACUUGGUGUUUUAUACAUCUGCGUUACAUUUUGAUUAUUAUUGUUUCUUCGUGGCUGCCAAAUCUUCAUAUAAACAUGUUGCUGUCUCAUAUAUAACAGUUAAGUAAAUAAUCAUGCUCAUUCACAUUGUUCGUGUUGUGAAGGUAACUAAUGCACAGUUAGACGUUUUAGGAUUAUCGGUAGUAAGGCCCAUUAUACAAUUUAACAUGUGAGGCAAAAGCGUCUUAUAUUUUUGAAGCUGUCAAUUAGAUUUCAAGUAAGAACAGUUAUGAACUUACUCGACUUUGAUUAGGCUGCUAGACAAAACUAAAGCAAAGAAUGAUACAACGUAGAGUCUGGGACAUAUGCAUCGGUCUAGGUUGGUACACCAUAUAAGCACGAGGGGAUGAAAUUAUCGAGAUAAAACCAAAAACAGUAGUGUCACUGACAGCGAAAGUGAUAAAUAUCGGGAAAAUAAUCUUGUUCCAUAGAUAUAAAAAUAGACACUACUUCACACUUAUGUUUCGAUUCUUUUUCAUUUCCAAAUUCUCCAUUUUGUUCAGCACGUCAACAGAUUUGAAAAUCAAAUCAACACUCAUUCUUUUUACUAUGACUUAAGCAGUACGAUGUCAUUAAUACUUCCGACUUGGCAGUUUGUAGCUUUGUAAAUGGACCUGUAAAAUGUUUCAUACCAUAUACAAGCUUUCACGUUUAAUAAGUGCGAAUAACACGUAGCACACUAUGACUUAAUUACAAUAAUUUCAGUCUAUUUUUGUACAUUGCCUCUAAAGCACUUCAUACACCGAUAGAUUAGAUGUUAAGUAAUAAGGUUUUUUAACUGAAUAGUUUCUAAAUUUUUUUUAUCUAAAUGAAACGAUUUUUGAGACAGUCAUCAAUCCUUACGACAAGGGGAAAAUAGAUACAACUAUUCGGCUAAAGUCUGUAUUGGCGAGGAUAUUCAUGUUCAUUUAAAGACAUUAAAAUCCUUGAGAAAAUUUCAAUUUCUAGAUCACCAAAUUACAGUCAUUAAAGUUAUGUCAGCGUCACGAGGAUUUUGUUGCAUAUGUUCUUAUGUGAAUAUGUAGAUCUAUAUAAUGCAACACUGCUGUUACACUAAUUUUUUAAGGUUCAUGUCAACUGCUUCCAAAAUCACUCUAGGAGUUUCGUGUCUCUUUACAUUGUCGACAUUUGCAGGUGUACAUAUUUCUCAAGCUCUUGAACGUGAAAAGCUUGGUGAGAACGUGCGCCGUGAAAUAGAACGUGAAAUCCAGGAAGAAAAAAGUUCCGUAUUAUCUACCAGUGAUGAACAACUCGAUGGCUCUAAGUGAUACAAGACUAGUAUCUGAUGAACAUUGUCUUUCUGUCAGCGUUUCAUUCGACAAUCCAAGCCUCGCAGAAGUUGCCAUGCGCUCACUUUCCGUGGAUCCUUCUCCUCCACGAUCUACAGUUAAAGAACAAUUAAAUCAAAAGGGUCCGACCUCAUCUGUACAUUUUUCGCCCCUGUCAGUGUUAGCAAUAGAAACCAGCAGUUACGAAAAUUGCGUAUUGCUGUUAACAGCUGGCUUGAUAAUGUCAUUUUGGUUUCAGAAACAAUCAGUGCGUUUGGAACAAUGGACUCAAAUUUUACAUCUGAGCGAGCUAUUAAUGGCUUUUAAUUAGUUUUAUUAGUUUUCCGCAAUAUAAUCUAGUGAUACAUAUCAAGUUUUUGAUUUGUACUCAUAAGGCACAUAACUAAAUAAUCUUUUCCUUUUUAAGCUUUUUUUCUAUGAUGGAGUAUGAUAACGUUUUCCUGAGUGUUGCACAAAGCUGUGACAAUGGAGUACAGGGAUUGCUGGACGCCUUUUUGGCUUCCUUUCCAGACGAACCGAUUUUUAUUAUGGAGCUACUGAAAAGAUGCGAAGCGUUUAGUUCUUGAGAAUUUUGCAAAACACCGGGAUGCUGCCUUAGCACGUCGUGAAGAAGAGAAGAAAGAAUUACAUGAACGAGAUGAACGCGAACGUAAACGAAGAGAAGAGAAAAGAAAGAAGCCAUUAAGGCGAAUCUUGCCCCUCCAAAGGAGUUAAGCAAAAAAGCUGAUAAUUUAAACGGUACAAGUGAGGAGCCGUCAGAAAUGCCCACACUACCACAAACAGAAGCAAAGCCAUCACUUGAGAAAAGUGAUCUGCCUAAACCAAUCAAAGUUGGUUCGUCUCCUGAUGAUGAAGAAGAUGAGGAGGACAAGGGAAAAUUGAAACCGAAUGAAGGAAAUGGUGCAGAUCUGCCAAAUUAUAGCUGGACUCAGACAUUGAGCGAUGUUGAUAUUAAAAUUCCAACACGUUUACCACAUUCCAUCAAAUCUCGCGAUGUCUAUGUUGAAUUAACCAGAAAGCACAUCAAAAUUGGUUUAAAGAAUCAGGAGCCCAUUUUAGCUGGGAAUUUGUAUAAUGAAAUUAAGGUUGAAGAAUGUGUAUGGAGUCUCCUGGAUGGGAUCACUAUACUCGUCCACCUAGAGAAAUCUAACAAAAUGGAAUGGUGGAGUCGUAUCUGUGAUGGUGAACCAGAAAUGAAUACACGUAAAGUUCAACCGGAAAAUUCCAAACUCUCUGAUUUAGACGGCGAGACUCGAUCUAUGGUUGAGAAAAUGAUGUAUGAUCAACGUCAAAAAGAGCUUGGUCUGCCAACAUCCGAAGAUCAGAAAAACAAGAAAUGUUGAAAAAGUUUAUGGCUGCUCAUCCUGAAAUGGAUUUUUCUAAAUGUAAAUUUUCUUAAGUGUAUGUUAAUUUGAACUGCUGACAAAACUCAGUCUUUU